AUGAAUUUCUGGUACUGUAAUUUGUGGGAAAUAAACGAACAGGCUUGUGAACCAAUUGGCACCCUAGUUGGUGAUAAUACGGUAUUUCGACGCGAAGAAACUGUUCCAAGUGACGCUGGUGGUGAUAACGUCGAACACGUUUGCGACAAUGCAGCGAUGAAUACGUUGAUUUUUGCUAACUUACUACAGCUGCUCCUUACUACUACUUAUUAUCACUAA